AUGAGUACACGCACCAACCCCAACAUAGUCGUCACGGGUACCCCUGGCACAGGCAAGACCACACAUUGCGAGCUUUUGGCGGAACGCAUACCUUCCCUCCGCCACGUCUCAGUGAACCAAAUAGUUAAGGACAAAGAGUGCCAUGAAGGUUGGGACGAUGAGUUCCAAAGCUGGAUUGUCGACGAGGACAAGUUGUUGGAUGAGCUCGAGAAGGAGGUGGCAGACGGUGGCUGUAUUCUUGACUGGCAUGCUUGUGACCUCUUCCCACAGCGCUGGAUCGACCUAGUUGUCGUCCUUCGCACAGACAGCACCACACUCUACGACCGUCUCACUGCACGCAACUACCCAGAGGCCAAGCUCCAAGAGAACCUGGACACGGAGAUUAUGGAGGUCCUAUUGCAGGAGGCCAAAGACAGCUAUGACGAGGAGAUUGUGGUAGAAUUGAGGAGUGACGAAACGGAAGAGAUGGAUGCGAAUGUGGAGCGUAUUGAGGCGUGGGUGAAGCAAUGGAAAGAGGACCAUAGAGGCAAUGCACCGGCCCAAAACUAG